AUGUCGGGAACGGGCAACAACGGUGGUUCGUCUCAUUUGGUUUCUCUUUAUCAAACACUCGAGCAGAAAGAGUUUGUCGGACAAGCAAAUGUACUGUACUCUGUUGUAUUAGUUGGAAAAAUUUCACCGCACAUAACUAACAAUGAAGUUGGAAAAUUUUAUGAAAAGCUUACAUCCAGUUUCACCCCGCCGGACCAUAUUACAGGUCUCUUGAUGGUUUAUCCCUAUCACGUGAUACACAUUAUUGAGUCAAGUUUUAGAAGUUUGAUGGAAGUUUUUCGAGUAAUUGCUAAGUCUGAAGAAAUCACAGAAUCUUACAUGAAUCGUCACUCUGAACAGAUAAAUAAGAGUCAUUGUGAUGCUCAAGACUAUCGACAUUUCAGUGAGUUUGAUAAAGUCAUCAUUCAAGAAAUGUACACAAAAAACUCCUUGGCUCCUACGAUUCAUAAUCGUGUCUUAUGUGCGAUCGAUAAUAUCGUCCACCGUAUAUACCACACAUAUGAACUAUUGGUUUUUGAUAUGGAACCAACAGUCAUAUCAGACUAUGAUUCAAAUGAAUCUGAUGAGAAAAAGUUACUUGACUUACUAAGUCAAGUGAUUAGACUAAGCGUACAUCUAGCAGAAGAGUCCACGCGGGAUCAAGACGAAUACGUUCCCGAAACUUUUAAACGGAAGUUAACUGGAAUAUUGAAUAAUAUUCGUCAAGUACGCCCAGAGCUGAUUCCACAACAAGUUGCAGUUGGAUAUUUUGCGGACAUAUCUUGUUACGAAGGCAUAAUACCAUUAAAAGAAUACAUGAAAGUCUAUGACAUUCCGUAUGAAACCUCAUCACAAUCGGAGCUUACAUGGCCGAUCGAAAGAAAUUCUUUUAUUUACAAAUAA